AUGGAGACAGAGCCCCACUUUAUUCGCUGCAUAAAACCAAACGACCAGCAGCAACCAAAGCUCUUUAUCGAAAGUAAAGUCUCGCCGCAGCUUAGGGCCCUCCCUAUCAUGAAGGCCGUCCAACUUCGAAGCGUUGGUUACUCCUACAGGCGCCCCUUCGCCGACUUCUUACGGCAACCCCGCUUUCUGAAUAUUUCAGCUUACGGAAAAAUUGCAGGGGGCCUCCUUGGAAGUUCCACUGCCGGAGGGGCCCCACGUGAGGGCGCGUUAGCCUUGUUGCAAAGGGCUGGACUGAAGGAAUAUAAGGACUACAGAAUGGGUUUGACCAUGGUUUCCCUGACUCGAGAAGCGCAACAGCAGCUGCUGCAGCAACAGCGGGAGCAGCUGCUACUGCUGCGGCCAAUUGUUCGCACUCUGGAAGCUAUCUGCCUCCGCAGGGAUCUUAAAAAGAGCUUGGAGACCCACAUUAAUUCCAUUGUGCGGCUGCAGGCUCACGUGCGGCGGCAACUUCUGCUGCUCGAAAUGAGGGGCCACAGCGCUGCUGCAGCAACUGCAGCAGCAGCCGCAGCAGUAGCAGCAGCAAACGAAGGUGUCAGCAGGCAACAAACCGCAGUCUAA